CGUCAGCGCGCAAAUCAGGCGUGUUGACGACAUCUGACGUGUCUCCGUCAACACAACAAUGGCGGAUACCGUGGAGGAAGCGAUUCAAGGCAGCUGGGAUCAGGAUCUCGCUGAUGCUCUGGACUCUGGUGGCUCAGACAUGGAGAUGGAGAGGAGCACCAUCCAGGUCCAGGAGCAGACAACUGAACACAGAGCCAAGAUGUGGAAAAUUGCCCUAAAUGUCUCUGGAAAAGGCGACAGCCUGACUUCGUGGGAUGGUGUCCUCGAUUUACCAGAACAGACGCUCAUUCAUAACCGCAGUCAGCAGCUGAUUGACCAGCUGGGAGUGUCGGAGGAAGAGAGGAGUGAAAUGGUGUGUGAUGUUGAGUCCGUCAUCACUUUCUACUGCAAGUCACGCAACAUCACCUUCACCCCCAAGCUCAGCUGGCCGCACCUGCUCAAACCACUACUGGGGCUUCAUCUGCCCCGCAGCGACCUCUACAACUGCUUCUAUGCUAUCAUGAACAAAUACAUCCCUAGGGACUGUGUGCCAAAUGGCCGACCCUUCCACCUGUACAGACUCCUGCUGCAGUAUCACGAGCCAGAGCUCUGCUCCUUCUUGGACACCAAAAAGAUUACACCCGACUCCUACGCCAUCAACUGGCUGGGUAGCCUGUUUUCAAGCCAUUGCCUUCCUGAAGUUACCCAAGCCUUGUGGGACACCUAUCUCCAGCAGGCUGACCCUUUCCUCAUCUUCUUCCUCAUGCUCAUCAUCCUCGUCAAUGCCAAAGAGACCAUACUUACACAAGAAGGAGAGAGCAAAGAGGACAUUAUCAAAAUGCUGGAAGGAUCUCCUGCUCUCCUAGAGGCCGAGGACAUUGAAGACUUGUUUUCACUGGCCCAGUAUUACCAGAGCAAAACUCCUCUGUCGCUCAGAAAGAUGAAUCAGAAUCUGUUUGGUAGCAGUUUGGUGGCUCUUAAAGAGGAGGACACUGACCUGAGUCAGGCACUGUGCCUCCCUGUGUCUGUCCCUGAAAUCCUGCAGGCCAAUCAGCUGCAGCAGGAUGGGGUGCGUUUCUUCGUGGUGGAUUGUCGGCCUGCAGAGCAGUACAAUGCUGGGCACCUGUCCACGGCCUUCCACCUGGACUCAGACCUGAUGCUCCAGAACCCCUCUGAAUUUGCACUCUCUGUGAAAUCCCUCUUGGAGACACAGAAGCAGUCUUUGGAGUCGGGCUCCAUCGCCAGUGGAGAGCACCUGUGCUUCAUGGGCAGUGGGAGAGAAGAGGAAGACAUGUACAUGAAUAUGGUGCUGGCACAUUUCCUGCAGAAAAACAAAGAAUAUGUCAGCAUCGCUAAAGGAGGGUUUAUGGCUCUCCAGCAGCACCUCGUAGACAUGAACGUCGAGGGGCUCGACUCCUCGUACGUCCAGUGGAUCGUCAGCACAUCUGGAUCUCACAGCAGCCUCAGCUCAGCUGAUGGCGAGUCUCUCCCUGGAGACAGCAAGGGGGUCAAGUCCCUGGUCAACAAAAUGACAUUUGCUCUCAAGUCCAAGUCGGUCAACGUAAAGGAGAAGAUGAUCAGCUUCAUUGAGAAUACCUCUGCCCCCGUCGACAGAAUAUCUUUCAAUCUACCCUGGCCAGAGAAGGUGGUCCCAGAUCGGCACGUGAGCAGCAGCGACCGCGUCGGCAAACCUUACCGGGGGGUCAAGCCCGUUUUCAGUAUUGCCGACGAAGAGGAGUACGAUACAGAUGAGAUCGACAGCUCGUCCAUGUCAGAUGAUGACCGGAAGGAGAUCGUCAAUAUUCAGACCUGGAUAAACAAACCAGAUGUAAAACAUCACAUUCCAUGCAAUGAGGUGAAAGAAACAGGUCACAUGUUCCCCAGCCACUUGUUGAUCACAGCGACUCACAUGUACUGCCUGAGGGAGAUCGCCUCAAGGAAAGGUUUCGCCUACAUCCAGUCCAGACAAGCACUGAACUCUGUGGUGAAGAUCACAUCCAAAAAGAAGCACCCAGAACUGAUCACGUUCAAGUUUGGGAGCAACAAUUCAGCCGGAGUGGAGAUUUCAGCAGUUGAGAGAUAUUUGAUUCCCAACGCGGGUGACGCCACGAAGGUCAUCAAGCAGCAGAUCAUGAAGGUCCUGGAUGCUCUGGAGAGCUCGUAAACGGAGAUGGCAGCAUCAUCGCGGGAGAUUUAAUACAAACUGUAAGAAGAGUCUCCGUCUGCCAAGAGUGAAACCUCCUUCCGCUCUCCCUCCUGGACAGAUCCCAGUGCAGCGUUGACUGUGAAGCCCUGCGUGUCUGUCUUUGGGACGCGUGGGCACACCGCUGACUGCAGAACUGUGAGCCAGGCUGCGCGUGUUGAAACAUUUAGGUGCUCCGCUGUCAUCCAACCAUCAUCUUAUACUUAUUUAAAAAAAAAUAUUGGUUGUAGUGUAUGUUCUUCUUUACUGUUAGUAUAAAAUGGGAUCUCAUUACCGAGGAGCUCCGCUCUGAUGAGUUCCCGCCGGCCUUAACGUAGCGUACUGACUGACCAGUGGCAGACCUCUUUGAUCCAUACAUGACUGACACUUUCUUUUCCACUCGAGCAUCUCAGUUCUGACCCAUUUGUUUUGUUGUGCGCACUGUUGCAUUUGUCUUAACGCGUUGAGUAGAUUUAACGAUUAUUUGGUCAGCAUGAGUCAGCCCAGUGAUGCACACACACCCCACCCCCAAAAAAACUAGAAAAGCUGUACUGGCACAUGAGGCGAGUUUCCUACUGCUGCAACUGUUUUUGAUAACUUUUCCUUUCCAGCAGGCAGCCUUAAAUAGAAACUAUUUGAGGGUUAGUUUAUAAAUAUGUAAUGUGUAUAUAUAUAUAUUGUGUAAACUGCUCUAUUAUCAGUACAGACCUUUGCAAUGUCAUUUUGAAAGCAUAUCUUGACAGAAUAUAUAGUGAAACCUAUAAUCUUCACCAGGUUUGAAGUUCCCCUUCUUUCUAGUGUUUCUGAGAGAUCAUUUAUUCUCUGCUUUUACAUAUAAAAAUAAAUUAACCUCAUCUUACAGCAGUUUGAUGUAGCUCUCAGAAAGCCUCUCUGGACUACAUUAUGAUUACAACAGGAAGCUCAGUUGUACAGUCACAAAGAGCCUGAGCACCUCAGUAUUGUCUCAUCCAUAACUGAGUUAUGUUGGUGUCCAGAAAACUGAAACAUUACAGAGAAACAGAAGAUCAUUGUAACAAGCUGCAGAGCUUUGAAAGGAAUGAAAGGGCAGUAAAGUGGACCUAAUAUGCUCAUUCAGGCUCUAUAUUCUUUAUUUUUGGACUCGGCUGGAGUAGUUUUGCAUGACUGACGUAUUUAUCCGAUCCUCCAGCCCCCCUCAGUUCAUCUGCUUUAUAAAACAAGCCGCUUUCCCGUUCUCCCUUUAAGGCACCUUUCUUCUGAUUGGCCCCUUAAAAGCGAAAGGUUUGGACAGCAGGUAGGUGGCGCUUCUGUGCCACGAUAUGAUCAUUUUAGGGAUUUCUGCUGUUUUUGACAUCACGCAGAUCAAAGUGUCAAAAAAAAAAUAAAAAAUCUAACACUGAGCACUGAUUGCGUGCACGUAGCUUAUGUGAUUUGUUGAAACUUUGGUCAUGUUUAGUAUGAAUAUAAGAUCAGUAUUUAUAUAUGACAGAAAAUAAGGAAAAGCAUAUGAGGUCCACUUUAAAGGCAGGGGUUUGAUGCUGCAUAAAAAGGUGGUGCAGGAAAACAGCUACAGAGAAAAUCCACAUUCAGGGUUUUCAGGUAGUUGGAACCAGUACUUAAUUUUUGACCCACAAAAAAAUCUUUAUUUUCCAUCCACACAAUUUGCAGAAUAGAAACGCAGCAUAGGUAAAGCAGUGGUUCUCAAACUGUGGUUCACAGACCUAAAGGUGGAGAAGCUGGAGGGUUGAUGAAUAGAGGAAAAAAUAUGUGGUUAAUGAUUUCCUCAGGGAAAGAAGAGUUUGAUGGUGUGGUUGUGGUGACCUUUAUUUCACUAAAGUUCAGGUUGGGUCUUAUUGGUUGUUUAGGAGCAUGCUGCAAAAAAAACCAAAAAAAAAAAACACUGAUUUGAAGGGAAGUUAUCGGGAAUACCAGGAUAAAUUGGCCGGUGUUGAUUUCUGACUGAAAUUCAGAUGAGAUUUAGCGCUGGUUCAUCUGUUGUUGUUGUGUCAGAUCAUUUUUGUGCUAACGUGAUGAAAGGCUUAAAAAACAGUGAAAUUAUUUUUACAAGACUUUUGGUUCCCUGGCAAAAAGGUGACAGAAUAACACGAAAAAUAAAGUCAGCUCUCAGCCAAAUUUUUUUGUAACAUCAGUAUCAAAUUUCAUAAUUGGUGCAUAUUCAUGUAGAUGUUGGCAACUCAGUCUGCCUCAUCAGUUGUAUUAGUUAAAACCAUAUACUGUGUUAAACAGUCUGCAGUCCAUACUGAGCGGUUUUACUUUGCUUGCCGCUGUUGCCUUCGGCCUCAUGCCUGUGAUGUGUGAUUUUUGGGGACCGGCAGUGGCAUCAUAUCGCAGCAGGGGUGUAACUAUGCUCUCUAAUCACAGUUCAGUUCGUAGCACGGUGGUUUCUCAGGUUCACCCGUUACCUGAAUAGCUUUUAUUUUGCAUGCUUUAACAGCUCCACAUGGGUAUCACAGUAAGGCGCAAUUUCGGUCUGUUUCAGAGUUGUUUCGCCCCUCGAUCGCCGUAUACUGCUCGCCUCUGGUCGUAAACUCUGCUCGGAUUCUCCCUCGCUUUCUCCCUGCUUGCUUAAUUGCGUUGAAGUCUAGCCGUGUCUGCAGCCUCCCAGAGCGACCUCCAGUGUGACAGCUGCAGUCUAAACCUCAGUCCAGAGAGCACUGACCCCUUAAAGCACAUUUAAAAUAUGAGCAAAGCAAAAACCAAAACUUGAAUCAAAGACUAAAUCUGUUUUUUUUCCCCUCACUCCAGUCUCUUGAAGCAUUCCUGUAUAAUCCAUGCAUUGUGUUGUAAUUUUCUGAUAUUUUUCAGUGUUCCCAUUGACUGGAACAUCCUCGACUGGGAGUCUUUACUCUGUAAUGUCACUGGCACAGGAUGUCAACUACUAGUCAAAAAUGCUACGUGUCUCAAGUGUAAUUUGCACCUUACUGUUCUGCUGUUAUUUUCUAAGCAUUUCAGUUUUUAAUAAAUGGAGAUUAUUUGACUGCA